CAUUCAUCUCCUGUCUGUGCCGCAUAUCUGUAUGUCAUAACACGCGACGUGACACUGGCAUUUUACCGGACGUCAGAUUGCUUGACUUUUGUGGGACUUACCCCAGUGCUGCUCCAGGAGUCUUACUUGUCACCCGCUUAGUUAGAGAUCUGGCAUUACACUGAGCUGCAGGAUGAGGUACACUUUCUUCCUGGGUUUGUUUCUCUUCUUCGGUUGCAUAACACACAUAGAAUGCACGCCAAAAGCAGCUUGCAACCAAACUGUGGCUUGCCAACCAGUGACUGAAGAGUGUGUUCAUGGGGUUUGUGAAUGUCAAAAGAAUCACUACAUUUCAUUCACCACUAAUCUUGAGAUUCUGUGCACGCCAGCGCCGGCAUGUAGCCCAGAUUGCGAAGAGAACCAAGCGUGUAUUGACGGUCACUGUUACUGUGAGCGUGGGAGGGUUUACGUCAAUGACAGAUGCCGACUCAUGGCAGGCUUUCGGAAACACUGUUCCACUUACGCGGUUCUCUGUGACAUCAGCGCCAACCUGUCCUGCGCCAAAAGCACCUGUAUGUGUCUCGAGACGCACUGGUUUGAUCCUGAGACUAACAGCUGCCAACAUAAACAGCAAUACCUGGAUGCAAACAACGUCACAGAGUACAAAGUCCGCCCGGAAGAAUAUUGCCGAACACCUAGUGACUGUAUAACAGGGCUUAACUGCACUGACUUCCUGUGCAAAUGUCCAGAGUCCUGUGAAUUUAAGCAAGAUAAAGAAGUAUGUGACUGCGGAGAUGCCGAAGUGAGCAUCACGUGGCCAGUCAUCGUUGGUAUAUUUCUUGGAAUUAUAAUAGUUUCGUGUUGGGCAGGUGCUAUCACUGCCAUACUGCCGGAUUAAGCAGUAUAUAUGUGUGGUAGAACUUGCCUGCAUCUGAACCGUAUAUCCGUAUACUCACCCGUGAACACUGAAAUACACAUACAUGCAACAGUGUGUGAUGCGGAAAUUCUACGUUCUAACUUUUUUAUUGUUCUGCCUGUGUGUGUGCGCGGGCAUACACAUAUACACGUCAUGCUUACUGAAAAAAUGAUAAUAAGAAAAGAAAAGAACACUCAAAUUGUAUCCUUUUUCAAGUUCUAAGAGGAAGUAAUGUCAUGUGAUGUAUGUGUCCCUGUAUAUAUUGAAGUGAAACAUGUGCAUUAUGUUUGAUGUUCAUUCUUUGAUGUGUUUCUUGUUUUAUUUUGGUUUGAUUUAUUCUUUGUUAUAUUUCUUGUUCUACUUUUGUUUAAUUCUUAUUCUUUGUUGCAUUUCUUGUUUUAAUUUUGUUUUGUUUUAUUCUUUGUUGUAUUUCUUGUUCUAAUUUUGUUUUGUUUUACUCUAUGUUGUCUUAUUCUUAUUCUUUGUUGUAUUUCUUGUUUUAUUUUUUAUUUAUUCACAUUCAUUGUUUCUUAUAAGCAUAUCUUGUGAAAGGCAUUAGUUAAGUGAUUAGAUAUAAUUUGAUAUUAGUUUUAGUGUAAAACAGUUGGUAUGUGAACUCGGAUCGAUUGGGUUAUUACUGUAUGUACCCUUAUUGCCUCACCAGAGUAUGUGAAUCUUGUCCUUGUGUUCUUAAUAAAAAAGGAUGAAAAGAAAA